AAUGACAUAUAUGUUUUUUUCUCCAGAAUCAUCAAAUUGUUAAUUGUUUUAAACCCUUUUCAUUCUUUUCUUUACUUGUAAGUAUCUGGCUUUAGUUAGAAAUAUUCUCUCAAACGGUCCGCUUAGUAUUUACGUUUUCUUCUUAUUUUCUUCAAGGGUUUUUCUUCUUAGAUUUCUUAUAUAUCAGUAUUACAUGUCAAAGAACUGGUUUUUUUUGGCUUGUUACUGAUUCCCUCCCAUUUUCGGUGCAAUUCAUGUUAAAAUUUUGAACUGUUUUAUCUUUCUUAUUGCUGUAGAAAUUUUUUAACAGAAUACUCUCAGAGUAGGCUGAAGUUUUGCUUACUUUUUGUGUUUUUCCAAAGAAAAAGCUGCAGCUGGAUUAAAUAUAUGAUGGUAAAGCAGCGAUCACAUUUGAUCUGGUGUUAAUCUGCAGUAAGGUUUUUUCUGGAAUUUUGGUCGAAGUUCUUUUAGUAAUAAAUUGUCUAUGUUUUUUGGGUAUCCAAUAAAAUUAUUUCUUUUUAAGAAUAGUGGAAAUUUUGUGGAAGGACUUCAAGUGCCUUUUGGCACGGAACUUGAUAGAAGUGGACAAAAUAAUAAACAAGUUUUCAUUGUAAUUUUCUUCCUUAGGUACUUUCUGAUACUAACUUACUGUUCUCAGUAGAUAUGCCCAUCUGAUCAACGUUUUUCAGGCAUAACAAUUGAUUAAUUUCUUAAGACAUGUUUGUAGUGCCCUUUCAUGUGUAGAUUUUAUGUGCACUUGCUGAAUUAUCGGCUGACCAGGCUUGCCAUAAUGGUAUUCUGUUUUAUGCAUGUUGAAUUUAACUGAUGUAUUUUUCAUUCACACUGAUAAUAAAAUCUCAUUACGAGGAAUCUGAUAUGUUUCAUGUACCGCUAUCUUCAAGAAAAAAAUUAGGCAUGUCGUCUUGUGGAAAUGCCGAAAUCGAGUUUCUAUAGGACAUGGAUUUGUAUACUGAUUGCUUGCCUUAGCUUUCUUCUAAUUCUUGAACUAUUAAUCACAUGUUUGUUACGCUGUACUGGAUAGAAUUGAACAUUCCAAACAUUGGAUAAAUGUUUUAUGAAGUUUAGUACAUAUGAUGGCUGCUUGGUUGAUGCUAUUUGUUACAGGAGUUAGAGAGGAGGAAAAUUAAGGAUAUCAUCGUGCUCCAUACCUAAUUCAUUAUAUCGGAAAACAUGGAUCAAAAUCUCUUUUUCUCAUGACGAUUACCUUCAAAUUGGUAGUCAAUUUUGUGCUGUAAGCUCUACCUUCUAGCUAAGUGGCUCAAGGAAUUUUAAUGAGUACAGGAUUUCUAAAAGAUGACAAUCAGCAUCAGAAUGAAGAUUAUGCUUCCAUUAGAGGUGUGGAAGACAAUCAUUUAGGCAUCUAUGACAAACCACUCCCUUGCUUUGGCUGUGGAAUUGGAUGGUUUUUUCUUCUACUCGGGUUUGUAUGCCCUUUGUUGUGGUAUUAUGCCACUAUUCUUUACUUCGGAAAGUAUUAUCACAAAGAUCCUAGAGAACGAAUGGGGCUUUCUGCAAAUGUAAUAGCUGCUUUGAUAUUUACUGUGGCAGUGGUGAUUACGAUUGCUGUUGUUGUCUUCUAAAAGCUCAUUGAUGCACUUCUGCGUUAUCCUUAAAAAAAUAAUGUGUUUAUGCUAAUAUUUACAAGUUACAAAAGAUGGCAACUACUUUAGGCCAUCUUUCAUGUAGUUUUAUAGUCAAAACUCCUAAUUGAUGAUUCUCCGGGAGGUUUCUGCAUCACUAAGUACAUAUGUGUUUUAGUUUACCCAAUAUCCCCAGGGAAGUAAGGUAGAUCCACUAAGACUUGAGUUGGGUUUGAACUCCUCUCCCCUAGUAACAUUUUUUCUUAUUUUCUAACUUGAAUAGAUACUCUCAUGACAUUGGGCGUGUGGUUUUGUCUUGUUCUAGGGAGACAGACUGACAUAUGGUACGGCUUGGUUUACACCUCUAGAGUGUUGAUUUGUAAUGAAAGAUUCUCAAGUUAUGGGUCAUUAUGAAGGUUAUAAUCAUGUGUCGAUUGUGCUAAUUUUCUUUCACGAGUUAUUUCUUCGUGCAAGAGAUUACCCAUUUCCUUCAAUAAUCUUGUUGAAACGUU